CGGCAUCCCUGCCAUCCGCGUCGUCAUCAUAACCAUCUUCUCCAUUUCUCUCUCUCUCUCUCUCUCUCUCUCAAACUAAUAAGAACAGUAAAUAACGCAGGAUAAGAAGAUAUUCUAAGUGCACGUACUUGAAGAGAAAGAGAGAGAGAGCAGAAGAAGAAGAAGACAGAAGAAAAUCUCUCGGAGCUUCGAUUGAAGAAUUCGAGAUGGUGUAGAGAGAUGGGGAAGUAUAUGAGGAACUGUAAAGGAAUUGUAGAGAUUGCAGUUAUGGAGGUGGCUCAUGUCGGUGUGAGGACGAGAGCUCGAGCUCUGUCUAUGGCGGCUGCGGCUAGCUCCAGAACGGCGAAGAAGAGGAAGGUCAGCGGUGGAGAAUUGAGGUUCUCUUCGUCUCUAGUUCAUCUCAGAAGUCGCCGACGUGUGUUGGUGACGCCGGAGAAUUCAGUUUCUCCGGCGACGUCGGAGAAUUCCGAACGACGGUCGGCUUUGAACGAUCGGUGCUCGAGCCCUAGCUCUGAUACACUUCCGUCGUCUUGUUGCUCGAGUAACGCAUCGAGCCAUCACGGUGAAGAGAGCUUCGAAAUUGUAGAUCUGGAGAAUGACAGUGUUCAAAUUGAAACAUCGACGUGUGAUUUCGACUGUAGAGAAAGGAGAGAGACAACGCCUUCGAGCGAGCUGCAAGCUGAAUCAGGAGACCUGGAGUCAACAGCGAGGCCAUCGGAGGCUAAUUCUCGCCGCAGAUCGUCGGCAGAGAAGAUGCCAUCUGAAACCGAACUCGAAGAAUUCUUUGCUGCUGCAGAAAAGGACAUUCAUAAACGAUUUACAGAGAAGUAUAACUAUGACAUUGUGAAGGAUGUGCCAUUGGAAGGUCGUUAUGAUUGGGUUCGGCUAAAGCCAUGAGGUAGAGAACGCAAGGCCAAGAAAGAAAGAAGACCACAAAGGCCUUCUUUUAAAAAAUUUAAUAUUAAAUUUUUCCACUAAUUUAAUUUCCCAGAUGUGUUCCUCGGUCUUUUGUUCUGUGGUUGAUGUACAGCUCUCUCUCUUGAAUGAAGAAGCUCUCUGUUUGUUAUGGUACUGGAGUAAUAUAUAUAUAUAUAUAUAUAUACGGAGAAGCUUCUGCAAAAUCCAUCUCCUCCUGAAUAAAAGCUCGUAGUUAGUUUUUAGCCUAAAAUUCAUGUCAGCUGCUUCUUCUCUGCUCUUUCCUGGUACGAAUACGAUGUAAAUAUCAGAGUCAUCAGCUAUUUUAGCUUUUUCUUCCGCAAUUAAUUCUUCUCUAUUCUUCAAGUUUUUAUGACAAUUUUUAUCAGCGAAAAGCGUUUUUUUGUUGA